AUGACAACAAAAGAGAUAUUAUAUAAACAGAAUAUAAUAUUAUAUAAACAAGAUGAACUUAAGAAGAUGAAGAGAGCAGAUCUGGUUGAGAUAUUGGCAAAAUACUCAUCAAGACCAGGUCGUAUGAAAAAAGAUAUACUAAUAGAUGAGAUCAUUAAACAUCAAGAACAUCUCGAAGAUUUGAAAUCAAAAUUAGUUAUAGACAAUGCAAUCGAAAAGUAUCAUCGUGGAACUGUUGAAUAUCGAUUGCCAACAUUGAUAAUCAAUCGAAUCAUUCGUGAUCUUUGGCAUGACGAUAUCACAUUCAAUACGAACACAAACCAACUACAUUUAAACUAUCGAUGGCUACUCUCUAUUGCUUUGGUUUCCAAAGAGUUAUUCAAGUUGAUAUCAUCGUUGUUCACUCGAUUCAUUGUUAUCAGCGAUUUUCAUACGAUUCUACCAGCAACUGUCAAACAACAACUCAAGAACAGUGUUAUCAAUCCACUUUCAGUACUCAAGAAUAUCAGUCAUCUAACAAUGUCAAUGAAUAUCUUUAUGGAGAUAACCAACAAUAGAACAACAACGACCCAUUGUACACCCGUUGAACUAGGACUGAUCUUUAGGAGUGUUAGAAAGCUGAGACUAGUAAGCUACAUGGAUGUGACACUCUCAAUGCAUUAUUGUAUAUUCAUCACCGAAUACAUGCCAAAUCUAGAAUCACUGGCACUCGAUCAAAUCAAGAUCGACAACUCCAAAGUAUUUCCAAUGCUACAACAAUCACUACCACGAUUGACAUCACUAAACAUAUCAUACGUUCGGUUCGAUAAGUUGUCAACGAUAGAUAUCUCCAGUAACACCAUUCGAAAGUUGAAACUUCCAUUGUUAUACUACAAAGACUGGAGAAUCACCGGUCAGAGCAUACAACUAGAGACACUCAGCCUCAUGUCAAUGGGUGCUCUACAAAUACCAAUGAUCAGCGAUCAACUCAAUGAAAUAUCUGCAACGAUCAAUAUGUCAACGAAAUCAACAUCGAUCAAACGAAUCAUUUUCCAUCACGUUACCAACAUCAGUAAUUACAACUCUACAAAGAAAAUUGACAAAGCCACUGGAUAUGCACACAUCAAAUCGAAACACCGACCACUCACUUCGAUUUGCAACUAUCUAGGCAUCUCGAUGGGACCGACCGUUAGCUAUGCCAAGAAGAUCUACGAGGUUUCAAAUAACUUUGAUCACAACAAAGCGGUGGAAUCAUCCUAUCCAAAUCUCAACAUGAUAUAUCAAAUUGUAAGGAUAUCAAAUUCAAUAUUCAUAUUAAUUUGUUAUUUAUUCAAAGAACGAUCAAGAAUAGCUAGGGAACAAGAGCAACAGCAACAACAGCAACAGCAACAACAGCAACAGCAACAACAGCAACAGCAACAGCAACAGCAAAUUCAACAAGAACAAGAGCAACAACAGCAACAGCAACAGCAACAACAACAGCAACAACAGCAACAACAAAUUCAACAAGAACAACAGCAACAAAAAACAGUUAGUCAAAAAUUAGGGUUAUUGUUGUUUUUGUUUCUAAAAUUAAUAUUGACAUUAUCAUUGUGA